AUGGCGCCGCAGAUGGAGAGCCGAUACAACUCGUCCAGCGAGGCGUCUGUGUCUGAAGAGGGUGACUACGGUGAACGGGCUAUGAGCAGACCGACCCACUCACCUGCAAAGCAUCCGAUCACGGAGGAGACACCGAGGGACAUGCUUGGUGAGCUGCGCCGCAAUAUUGCAGCUGACAUCGGCAAGUUCCGCGAAGAGAUUAGCAGUGUAUCAGCCCGACUGCAAAACACAGAGCUUAACGCUGCCGCACAGGAUACCCGACUUGGGACAGUGGAGCAGCAACUCCUGGCCCUGCAAAAGGUCCAAAGAGAACACCAAGAAAGCAUGGCAGUGCUGGAAGAUAAAAGGCGCUGGAAGAACAUUAAAGUUCGAGGCCUACCUGAUGCAGUGGAGACCGAUGAACUACCACACCUAUUUCGCAGAAUGUUCAGCACACUCUUUACAGCCAGACAGGCCAAAGGGAUGUCCCUGGAUAGCUGGUACCGGAUCUCCAGGCAACAGACAGGUAUCACAGAAGGAGGAAGGAUGUAA